UCUCCCGUGGAAGUUUGUCCGUCAGUUUGUUUACCUCAGUCAGCUGAUGGCGGCUCCUAUUGAUUCCCCAAUGACGGCUGAGUCGGAGCCCAUCCCUCCGCCGCCCAAGGACUCAAGGGCAGAUGACAGGAGACUGUGGGUUGGCAAUUUGGACACCAGGCUGAGAGAGUUCCAACUCCUGAAAAUGCUGGAACAAUUUGGAUCGCUCGUGGAAUUCGACUUCCUGUACCACCGCUCUGGGCCGCAGGUGGGCCAGCCGCGGGGGUAUGCCUUUGUGACCUUCCAGUCCCCACAGGCAGCGCGCAGGGCCAUGGGGGCACUGGACGGCAGGCUGGAGCUGGGCCGGCGCAUGGCUGUCAAGUGGGCACAUGCACAGGAUGAGAGUAUGUAUGAGAGGAUGAAAGCCAAACCAGCACCACCAAUCCUCAGCGCAGGGAAGGGAGAGGUUAGCAAAGAAAGGAACAGCAAGAAGGACAAAAUAGCAGAGUUAGAAGCUAAAUUGAAGAGAUUAGAGGAUUCCUUGUCAGUCAACCUUAUGCCUGAUAUCGGAGCUUCGCACAAACCUACUUCUGUUACUUACUCCUUCAUUGAGAGGAGACCCAACAGCAAAGGAGCCACAGGGAAGACCUCAACCUCCUCCUCUUCUUCCUCCUCCUCCUCUUCCUAUUUGUCAAGCCAGCCGUAUACCAAAUCGCGCCCAAGUGUUGUGAAAAAGCAUUGAUUUGUGUGUGUGUGUGUGUGUGUGUGUGUGUGUGUUGAUCCUCCUCCCCUUUCUCCUCUUCUUGUUUUCUUUUUUUCUUUUUUUUUCAGUUUUUUUCCUUUUUCUUUCUUUCUUUUUCUCUAUUCUCUUUUGUUCCUCUUUGUUCUUCUUUGUUUCCUUUCUCUUGUUUCCUCUCAUUCCUACUCUUCUUUCUUUCUUUCUUCUUUUUCUUCAUCACCUUCUUCUUCUUCUUCUUCUUUUUCUUUAUUCUUUUUCUUCAUCACCUUCUUCUUCUUCUUCUUCUUCUCCUUUUCUUCUCCUCCUCCUCCUCCUCUUUCUUUUUAUCUUGUUUUAUAAAUUUGAUGUUAGAGAGAGAGAGAGAGAGAGAGAGAGAAGUGUGUGUGUGUGUGUGUGUGUGUUUCUCACUUUUGUACACUCAACACAUUACUCUCAUGAAUGUUAAUAAUGUUUGUUAAUGUUGAAUUGUUGUGAAUAUUUGCAAAGAAAUAUGAAAGCAAUUACUGUUAUUAUUAUUAUUAUUAUUAUUAUUAUUAUUAUUAUUAUUUAUUGUAUUUUUUUGGCAGUUUAAAUGUAUUUGUGAUUAUCAAACUGUUACUGUUAUUAUUAUUAUUAUUAUUAUUAUUAUUAUUAUUAUUAUUAUUAUUAUUAUUAUUAUUAUUAUUAUUAUUAUUUAUUGUCAGAAUUAAUUAUAGCAUUUGUUUAUCAUAUUUUACGUUUUAUUUUAUUACAACUUAAAUCAAUACUACUAUAUUAUUAUCAUUAUUAUUAUUAUUAUUAUUAUUAUUAUUAUUAUUAUUAUUACAGCAAAAUAAGCAUAGUUAUCAGCCUUUACCUUGAAAAUUUAUAUAAAACAAAACAAAACAUAAAAAGAAAGGCUGAUUAAUUUAUCACUUCAAGAAAAUCAAUAAAAAAACGGGUGUCUG